AUGCAAUACCAAUUAUUAUCUGUCGCUGCUUUAGUCGCUUCCGUCGCCGCACAAACCACCGAAUACGCUAUUGACACUGUUACUGAGAACCACACCACCGAUGUUACUAUCACUCAAUGUUCUUCUCACAAGUGUGACACUACCGUGCAACAACAAACUCAAACUACCGUGACUACCACUGUUAACGGUGUUAAGACUGUCUACACCACUGUCUGCCCAUUGACCGAAUCUGGUGCUGCUGCUCCAACUUCUGCUGCUGCUGAAAACAACGAAGCCGCUCCAGAAUCUGAAGCCGCUCAAUCUCAAGCUGCUGCUUCCGAAUCUGACUCUUACGUUGAUGUCACUGUUACUCCAACUGUCACCGCCUCUACCGGUGUCGAAGCUACUGUUACUUCUCAAGCUACCUUCACCUCUGUCUACAACUCUAACGGUACCGCUUCUGGUUCUAGCAGUCUUGAAGCUGCUAACACUGCUAGUGUUUCCGCUUACGAAGGUAAGGCUAACGGUCAACAAGCUAUGGUUGGUUUAGCUGGUUUAGCUGCCUUAGCUGCUGUCUUAUUAUAA